GGCGGGGGGCGCGCACGGGGGGGCGGCGGCGCGUGCUGGCGGCGGCGGGGGCGCGCACGGGCUCGGCGGCGGCGCAGCGGGGGGAUUGUUUGCGCCGCCGCUCGGGGAAGCGGAGCGCGGGGAUCGGUCCCCGCCGCGCCCCCUCUUCGUCGUCGACCUCCUCCUCCACCUCUUCGUCCUCCUCGUCCUCCCCGCGCCCCGCCGCCGCCGCGGCCCCGGUUCCCCCACAAGGCCCCCACCCCGGAGCCAAUAUUCCCGAGAUCAAGCGCUACGCGGCGGCGGCGGGGCCGGCGACGGGGCCCGGGGCGGUCGGCGGGGCCGGGGGAGACCGCAGCGAGGCCGCCGCCGCCGCCAUGGAAGCGCUGGGACCCGGGCCCCCAGCAAGCCUUUUCCAGCCACCCCGCCGCCCGGGCCUGGGAACUGUUGGGAAACCCAUCCGCCUCCUUGCCAAUCACUUUCAGGUUCAGAUCCCCAAGAUUGAUGUUUAUCACUACGAUGUAGAUAUCAAACCAGAGAAACGCCCCCGAAGAGUCAACAGAGAGGUGGUGGAUACCAUGGUGAGACACUUCAAGAUGCAGAUAUUUGGGGAUCGGCAGCCUGGGUACGAUGGGAAGCGCAACAUGUACACAGCUCACCCCUUACCCAUCGGCCGGGACAGAGUGGAUAUGGAGGUGACACUCCCAGGAGAGGGCAAGGACCAGACAUUUAAAGUCUCCAUUCAGUGGGUGUCAGUCGUCAGCCUUCAGCUGCUGCUGGAAGCUCUGGCUGGGCACUUGAAUGAAGUUCCUGAAGACUCUGUGCAGGCUCUUGACGUGAUCACUCGGCACCUUCCUUCCAUGAGGUACACUCCUGUGGGCCGCUCCUUUUUCUCAGCUCCAGAAGGCUAUGAUCACCCCCUGGGGGGUGGCAGGGAAGUCUGGUUUGGAUUCCAUCAGUCUGUUCGGCCUGCCAUGUGGAAAAUGAUGCUCAAUAUUGAUGUUUCUGCCACUGCCUUCUACAAAGCACAACCUGUCAUUCAGUUUAUGUGUGAAGUUCUUGACAUUCAUAAUAUUGAUGAACAACCAAGACCUCUGACUGAUUCUCAUCGGGUAAAAUUCACCAAAGAGAUAAAGGGUCUCAAGGUAGAGGUGACUCACUGUGGCACGAUGAGAAGGAAAUACCGCGUGUGUAACGUCACCAGACGGCCUGCGAGCCAUCAAACCUUUCCUUUACAGUUAGAAAACGGGCAGACUGUGGAAAGAACAGUAGCACAGUAUUUCAGAGAGAAAUACAACCUCCAGCUGAAAUACCCUCAUCUUCCUUGCCUACAAGUGGGACAAGAACAGAAACACACCUACUUGCCUUUAGAAGUCUGUAAUAUUGUAGCUGGCCAGCGCUGUAUCAAGAAGCUAACGGACAAUCAGACAUCAACCAUGAUAAAGGCCACGGCAAGAUCUGCUCCAGAUAGGCAAGAGGAGAUAAGCAGACUGGUGAGAAGUGCAAACUAUGAUGCAGAUCCAUUUGUUCAAGAGUUCCAGUUCAAAGUGCGGGAUGAGAUGGCUCAUGUGACGGGGCGCGUGCUGCCAGCCCCCAUGCUGCAGUACGGAGGGCGGAAUCGAACAGUGGCAACCCCAAGCCAUGGAGUGUGGGACAUGAGAGGGAAGCAAUUUCACACUGGGGUUGAGAUCAAAAUGUGGGCUAUAGCUUGCUUUGCAACACAGAGACAAUGCAGAGAAGAAAUACUGAAGGGUUUCACAGACCAGCUGCGCAAGAUCUCCAAGGACGCCGGGAUGCCCAUCCAAGGCCAGCCCUGCUUCUGCAAAUAUGCCCAGGGAGCAGACAGUGUGGAGCCCAUGUUCAGACACCUCAAGAACACCUAUUCAGGGCUUCAGCUCAUCAUUGUCAUCCUGCCAGGGAAGACCCCAGUGUAUGCGGAGGUGAAGCGAGUGGGAGAUACACUUCUGGGGAUGGCCACGCAGUGUGUUCAAGUCAAGAACGUCAUUAAAACAUCUCCACAGACCCUAUCAAAUCUGUGCCUGAAGAUUAAUGUUAAACUAGGAGGAAUCAACAACAUCCUUGUACCUCACCAACGACCUUCUGUGUUCCAGCAGCCAGUGAUCUUUUUGGGAGCUGAUGUCACUCACCCUCCUGCUGGAGAUGGAAAGAAGCCUUCCAUUGCUGCUGUUGUAGGUAGUAUGGAUGCUCAUCCAAGCCGGUACUGUGCCACGGUGAGAGUUCAGCGACCCCGGCAGGAGAUCAUCCAAGAUCUUGCCUCCAUGGUGAGGGAGCUGCUCAUCCAGUUCUACAAGUCCACACGGUUCAAGCCCACACGUAUCAUCUUCUACAGGGAUGGGGUCUCUGAAGGACAGUUUCGACAGGUUUUGUAUUAUGAGCUGCUGGCCAUUCGAGAAGCCUGCAUCAGCCUGGAGAAGGAUUAUCAGCCAGGAAUCACCUACAUAGUGGUGCAAAAAAGGCAUCACACACGAUUGUUCUGUGCUGACAGAACAGAAAGGGUUGGACGAAGCGGCAAUAUUCCGGCUGGCACAACUGUAGACACAGAUAUCACACAUCCAUAUGAGUUUGAUUUUUACCUCUGUAGCCAUGCUGGAAUACAGGGUACCAGCCGUCCCUCACACUAUCAUGUUUUGUGGGAUGAUAACUGUUUUACUGCAGAUGAACUUCAGCUGCUGACUUACCAGCUCUGCCACACAUAUGUGCGCUGCACACGGUCGGUGUCUAUCCCCGCACCAGCCUAUUAUGCUCACUUGGUAGCAUUUAGAGCACGAUACCAUCUUGUGGACAAAGAACACGACAGUGCUGAAGGAAGCCAUGUUUCAGGACAGAGCAACGGCAGAGACCCGCAGGCCCUGGCGAAGGCCGUACAGAUUCACCAAGACACCUUACGCACGAUGUACUUCGCUUAAAGUCACUAAGAUGGGAGCAUCACUCAGCGAGAGGAGGAAGAACUGAACAAUUUAAGCCACAUACAAUGUAUGUUUUUUCCAGUGGGGUUGGUUUAUGGGGUGUGCCUCCGAAAAGCUGACACUGGGGCAGGGGUUGAGAGGCUUAACCCUUAAAUUGACACGAGGAAGAUUGUUUACUUCAUCGAGGAACACGGCACUAUUAUGCAAUAUGAAACCAGCCAACUGCUUUUUUUUGUUUGGGUUUGUUUUGGGUUUUUUUGGCACAGAAGCAUUGCCAUCAUCAUUGGUUUCUUUUAUUUCAUUUGGGGUUUGUUUUUUGUUUUUCUCCUAGUUUAAAAACCCUUUUUAUGCCUUUACCUCAAGUUGCUCGGCAGCACAACUCUCUUCACAAAGGAAAACAUAAUGGUAAAGUAA